AUGACGAAGCCACCAGCGGCCGAUCGUCCGCGGAUGACGCUGGAGGACUACGUCCUCUUCUUCACCACCCGCAGCGGUCGACAUCUUACCAUCGACCAACUCAAUCAGAUCCUCUUCAUGCACGGCUUCAAGAAGUUCUACAACUCCAACAAGCCGGUGAUCGUCGACGCGCUCAACUCGCUCGACCUGCUGCGCCCGCGCCGCGCCACAGUCAGCAUCAACGCCGUGGCGCCCCCGCCGGGUGCCGCGGGGCCCUCCGCGGCCUUGCUCUCCACGGAGGCCGUGAAGCGCGACAUCCAGGACCUCGGCUGGCGCGAGUGCCCCGUCGGCUCCGUCCUCUCCGUCCACGCCGGGGCGGCCGCCUCCUCCCCCGUGCCCCUCGCCACCAUCCGCCCGGGCUCCGCGGCCGUCGUCCAGCGCGUCUCCCCUCCGAGCACAUUCAGCGCCUCCUCCAGCCUGCCUCCCGCGGCGCCUGGCGUGGAGGGGACCAGGAAGCGGGCCCUGAGGGGCCAGGGGAAGGCGGCGACCAAGAGGAAGGAGAGGCGCAUGAGGGAGCUGCUCAGGCUCCCGUCCAUCGAGGUCCAGGACAUUCCCGCCGCCGACGCCGCCGCCCAGGGCAGCAGCGGCGGCAUUGCCUCUGCUGUGUGA